CCGAAAGGCCCCGCCUCCGCCUCGACCGCCCAGCGGAGCCGCGCCGGGGGAACCCAGUUUCCGAGGAACUUUUCGCUGGCGCCGGGCCGCCCCCGAGGCCAGGGCAAGACACGAACGCGCGGAGCGGCGGCGGCGACUGAGAGCGGGGGCAGCGGCGGCGCUCCCUAGGAAGGGCUGUACGAGGCGGCGGGCCCGGCGGGCCUCCCGGAGGAGGCGGCUGCGCCAUGGACGAGCCACCAUUCAGCGAGGCGGCUUUGGAGCAGGCGCUGGGCGAGCCGUGCGAUCUGGACGCGGCGCUGCUGACCGACAUCGAAGGUGCUCGGCGCGGCGCGGGGAGAGGUAGGGCCAACCGCCUGGACGCCCCAAGGGCGGGUGCAGAUCGUGGAGCCAUGGAUUGCACGUUCGAAGACAUGCUUCAGCUUAUCAACAACCAAGACAGUGACUUCCCUGGCCUGUUUGACCCACCCUAUGCUGGGAGUGGGGCAGGGGGCACAGACCCUGCCAGCCCCGAUACCAGCUCCCCAGGCAGCUUGUCGCCACCUCCUGCCACAUUGAGCUCCUCUCUUGAAGCCUUCCUGAGCGGGCCAAAGGCAGCGCCCUCACCCCUGUCCCCUCCCCAGCCUGCACCCACUCCAUUGAAGAUGUACCCGUCCGUGCCCGCUUUCUCCCCUGGGCCUGGUAUCAAGGAAGAGUCAGUGCCACUGAGCAUCCUGCAGACCCCCACCCCACAUCCCCUGCCAGGAGCCCUCCUGCCACAGAGCUUCCCAGCCCCAGCCCCACCGCAGUUCAGCUCCACCCCUGUGUUAGGCUACCCCAGCCCUCCAGAAGGCUUCUCUACAGGAAGCCCUCCCGGGAGCACCCAGCAGCCGCUGCCUGGCCUGCCACUGGCUUCCCCGCCAGGGGUCCCGCCCGUCUCCUUGCACACCCAGGUCCAGAGUGUGGUCCCCCAGCAGCUACUGACAGUCACAGCUGCCCCCACAGCAGCCCCUGUAACGACCACUGUGACCUCGCAGAUCCAGCAGGUCCCGGUCCUGCUGCAGCCCCACUUCAUCAAGGCAGACUCGCUGCUUCUGACAGCCAUGAAGACAGACGGAGCCACUGUGAAGGCGGCAGGUCUCAGCCCCCUGGUCUCCGGCACCACUGUGCAGACAGGGCCUUUGCCGACCCUGGUGAGUGGCGGAACCAUCUUGGCAACAGUCCCACUGGUCGUAGAUGCGGACAAGCUGCCUAUCAACCGGCUGGCAGCUGGCAGCAAGGCCCCGGGCUCAGCCCAGAGCCGUGGAGAGAAACGCACAGCCCACAAUGCCAUUGAGAAGCGCUACCGCUCCUCCAUCAACGACAAAAUCAUUGAACUCAAGGAUCUGGUGGUGGGCACUGAGGCAAAGCUGAAUAAAUCUGCUGUCUUGCGCAAGGCCAUCGACUACAUUCGCUUUCUGCAACACAGCAACCAGAAACUCAAGCAGGAGAACCUAAGUCUGCGCACUGCUGUCCACAAAAGCAAAUCUCUGAAGGAUCUGGUGUCGGCCUGUGGCAGUGGAGGGAACACAGACGUGCUCAUGGAGGGAGUGAAGACUGAGGUGGAGGACACACUGACCCCACCCCCCUCGGAUGCUGGCUCACCUUUCCAGAGCAGCCCCUUGUCCCUUGGCAGCAGGGGCAGUGGCAGCGGUGGCAGUGGCAGUGACUUGGAGCCUGACAGCCCAGUCUUUGAGGACAGCAAGGCAAAGCCAGAGCAGUGGCCGUCUCCGCACAGCCGGGGCAUGCUGGACCGCUCCCGCCUGGCCCUGUGCACGCUCGUCUUCCUCUGCCUGUCCUGCAACCCCUUGGCCUCCUUGCUGGGGGCCCGGGGGCUUCCCAGCCCCUCAGAUACCACCAGCGUCUACCACAGCCCUGGGCGCAACGUGCUGGGCACUGAGAGCAGAGAUGGCCCUGGCUGGGCCCAGUGGCUGCUGCCCCCAGUGGUCUGGCUGCUCAAUGGGCUGCUGGUGCUGGUCUCCUUGGUGCUUCUCUUUGUCUACGGCGAGCCAGUCACACGGCCCCACUCAGGCCCUGCCGUGUACUUCUGGAGGCAUCGCAAGCAGGCUGACCUGGACCUGGCCCGGGGAGACUUUGCCCAGGCUGCCCAGCAGCUGUGGCUGGCCCUGCGGGCACUGGGCCGGCCCCUGCCCACCUCCCACCUGGACCUGGCUUGUAGCCUCCUCUGGAACCUCAUCCGUCACCUGCUGCAGCGUCUCUGGGUGGGCCGCUGGCUGGCAGGCCGGGCAGGGGGCCUGCAGCAGGACUGUGCUCUGCGGGUGGAUGCUCGCGCCAGCGCCCGAGACGCAGCCCUGGUCUACCAUAAGCUGCACCAGCUACACACCAUGGGGAAGUACACAGGCGGGCACCUCACUGCCACCAACCUGGCGCUGAGUGCCCUGAACCUGGCAGAGUGUGCAGGGGAUGCCGUGUCUGUGGCGACGCUGGCCGAGAUCUAUGUGGCAGCUGCAUUGAGAGUGAAGACCAGUCUCCCACGGGCCUUGCAUUUUCUGACACGCUUCUUCCUGAGCAGUGCCCGCCAGGCCUGCCUGGCACAGAGUGGCUCAGUGCCUCCUGCCAUGCAGUGGCUCUGCCACCCAGUGGGCCACCGUUUCUUCGUGGAUGGGGACUGGGCUGUGCUCAGUACCCCACGGGAGAGCCUAUACAGCUUGGCCGGGAACCCAGUGGACCCCCUGGCCCAGGUGACUCAGCUAUUCCGGGAACAUCUCUUGGAGCGAGCACUGAACUGUGUGACCCAGCCCAACCCCAGCCCUGGGUCAGCUGAUGGGGACAAGGAAUUCUCGGAUGCCCUCGGGUACCUGCAGCUGCUGAACAGCUGUUCUGAUGCUGCAGGGACUCCUGCCUGCAGCUUCUCCAUCAGUUCCAGCAUGGCCACCACCACCGGCGUAGACCCGGUGGCCAAGUGGUGGGCCUCUCUGACAGCUGUGGUGAUCCAUUGGCUGCGGCGGGAUGAGGAGGCGGCUGAGCGGCUGUGCCCUCUGUUGGAGCAUCUGCCCCGGGUGCUGCAGGAGUCUGAGAGACCCCUGCCCAGGGCAGCUCUGCACUCCUUCAAGGCUGCCCGGGCCCUGCUGGGCUGUGCCAAGGCAGAGUCUGGUCCAGCCAGCCUGACCAUCUGUGAGAAGGCCAGUGGGUACCUGCAGGACAGCCUGGCUACCACACCAACCAGCAGCUCCAUUGACAAGGCUGUGCAGCUGUUCCUGUGUGACCUGCUCCUUGUGGUGCGCACCAGCCUGUGGCAGCAGCAGCAGCCCCUGGCCCCGGCCCCAGCAUCCCAGAGUGCCAGCAGCAGGCCCCAGGCUUCCGCCCUUGAGCUGCGUGGCUUCCAACGGGACCUGAGCAGCCUGAGGCGGCUGGCACAGAGCUUCCGGCCCGCCAUGCGGCGGGUUUUCCUACAUGAGGCCACCGCCCGGCUGAUGGCGGGGGCCAGCCCCACACGGACACACCAGCUCCUGGACCGCAGUCUGAGGCGGCGGGCAGGCCCCGGUGGCAAAGGAGGCGCGGUGGCGGAGCUGGAGCCGCGGCCCACGCGGCGGGAGCAUGCGGAGGCCUUGCUGCUGGCCUCCUGCUACCUGCCCCCCGGCUUCCUGUCGGCGCCCGGGCAGCGCGUGGGCAUGCUGGCUGAGGCGGCGCGCACGCUCGAGAAGCUUGGUGAUCGCUGGCUGCUGCACGACUGUCAGCAGAUGCUCAUGCGCCUGGGCGGUGGGACCACUGUCACUUCCAGCUAGACCCUGUGUCGCCGGCCUCAGCACCCCUGUCUCUAGCCACUUCGGUCCCGUGCAGCUUCUGUCCUGCAUCGAAGCUCUGAAGGCCGAAGGCAGUGUGCAAGAGACCCUGGCCUCCACAGUUCGACCCGCGCGGCUGCUGUGUGCCUUCGCGGUGGAAGGCCCGAGGGGCGCGACCCCGACCCUAAGACCGGCGGCCAUGAUGGUGCUGACCUCUGGUGGCCGAUCGGGGCACUGCAGGGGCCGAGCCGUUUUGGAGGGGCCCCCUCCUUGCUCUGCAGGCACCUUAGUGGCUUUUUUCCUCCUGUUUACAGGGAAGAGAGGGGUACAUUUCCCUGUGCUGAUGGAAGCCAACUUGGCUUUCCCGGACUGCAAGCAGGGCUCUGCCCCAGAGGCCUCUCUCGCCCUCGUGGGAUAGAGACGUGUACAUAGUGUAGGUCAGCGUGCUCAACCUCCUGACCUGAGGCUCCUGUGCUACUUUGCCUUUUGCAAACUUUAUUUUCAUAGAUUGAGAAGUUUUGUACAGAGAAUUAAAAAUGAAAUUAUUUAUAAUCUGCGUUUUGUGUCUUCAGCUGAUGGAUGUGCUGACUAGUGAGAGUGCUUGGGCCCUCCCCCAGCACCUAGUCAAAGGCUUCCCUUCCCCCUCCGGCCUCAAGGGACACAACUUAGCUCUUCCCGAUGUUAGUGGGGGGGAGUGGGGAGGGCUGGCUGUAUGGCCUCCAGCUGACCUGUUCCCCCUGCUCCCAGGGCACAUGGUUGGGCUGUGUCAACCCUUAGGGCCUCCAUGGGGUCAGUUGUCCCUUCUCACCUCCCAGCUCUGUCCCCAUCAGGUCCCUGGGUGGCACGGGAGGAUGGACUGACUUCCAGGACCUGUUUGUUGUAUGACAGGAGCUACAGCUUGGGUCUCCCUGCAAGUCUGGCACGUCUCACCUCCCCCAUCCCGGCCCCUGGUCAUCUCACAGCAAAGAGGCCUCCUCCCUGCCUACCUGCCACCACACUGGAGAGGGGGCACAGGCGCGGGGGAGGUUUCCUGUUCUGUGAAAAAGGCAGACUCCCUGACUCCAUUCAUGCCACCCCCCCAGCCCCUCCCUUCAUUGCCAUUCCCCAACCUAAAGCCUGGCCCGGCUCCCAGCUGAAUCUGGUCGGAAUCCACGGGCUGCAGAUUUUCCAAAACAAUCGUUGUAUCUUUAUUGACUUUUUUUUUUUUUUUCUGAAUGCAAUGACUGUUUUUUACUCUUAAGGAAAAUAAACAUCUUUUAGAA